AUGGACUUGCCGCAUGUGCAUCCUGGACUAGCCACAGAUCAGAUAUUAGUAUUACAGGGUGACCAUAGGUCUGCCUAUGUAUGUGAGGGACAUCUAUUGGAUCAGACUCUCCGCCCCAGGAGACCGGACGACUUAUGGGACUUUUUGAGGGAGAGAGAUUUACAUCCCUGCGUAGUCCAUCGCCUGCGUGCUACGGGCUUCCUUAGGAUUUUUGAGAUUGGGUGGAUGCAGCUCGACUGGUCUCUCAUCACGGCGUUGAUAGAGCGGUGGCGACCAGAGACGUACAUUUUUCACCUACCCACUGGAGAGACCACCAUCACGCUUCAGGAUGUUCAGAUUUUAUAUGGGCUGCAUGUUGAUGGACUGGCCGAUGUACUGCCCCAAUAUAUGAGAGCUAUGACGCAUCCCCAGUAUUUGGAUUUGCUGGGGCAGUAUACUGGUUUCAGACCACAGGGUGAGGCUGCAGUUAGAGGGGGCAGUCGCAUUUCUGUGACAGCUAUCAGACAACAUAUGGAGGUAUUGCACCCCGACAUUACCUGCGAGACAGAGGAUCUCCAUAUCCACUGGUAUAUGAGGUUGGCGUUGUUCCUUCUUUUUGGGGGUGUCUUAUUCCCGAACACUUUAGGAAAUCUAGUGAGUCUGCGCUUUCUGCAUCAUCUGCAGCAACUAGAUGAGUUACUCCAGUACAGCUGGGGUGCUGCUGUUCUAGCAUACCUAUACAUGAGUAUGUGUCGGGCUAGCAUGGGCACCCAGGUUUGGGCCUGGGAGCGGAUCCUGCCGUUACAGCCACCUCUACCACCACUAGAGCCGGGUGUAGCACCUCCAUUUCUCCCUCUAGCUACGAGGUGGGUUCUCUGGCGUGGGAACUACCGAGGCAGUGAUGCUCAUCAUAAUCUCCCCAUUGUCAAGGAUGUGUUAGAUAUAUUGGAGGCCGGACAGUUCAUCUGGACGACAUACAGCAACGAGUUGCUAACUGAUCUGCCCGAUUAUUGCUCGGUCGACUGA